AUGGAGGCGAAGGUCAAAGAAGAGGUGCCAGACAAAGAGUACAGCCAGCCGACGUCCACUGACAGACGAAAAUACAGUGGCAGCGGUAAAGAAAGACGAUCACCGGAGCAGGACGAGGCUAGGGUGUCCCCAACUCCGGGCCCGCCGAGCCCUCAGAACAACGGCACUGCUGCCCUUUCCUCGACGGAGUCCCUGUCGCCCCCGCUCCCCGAGGGUUCGAAGGCGGCACCAGCUCUGCAGCGCUUGAGGCGCUUCCUCUCCGCCCUGCAGCAGUUCGCACCAGAGGGCAGCGCCGACACCGGCGAACGGGUCCGCCAGCUUAUCUUCAACCUGGUCGCAGGCACCAUGAGUAUCGAGGAGUUUCAAGCUGGUGUACAGGACUGCACCAACUAUCCUCUCCGGGCUUCAGUACCUGGCUUCCUCCGUGCUCUGCUGCCGCUCGCUCAGAGGGACCUACACUCUCGUGCUAGAAGAGCUAAGCAGACGCCGCUCCAGUACAUCAGGAGCCAUGAACACCUGGUGCUGGAGGCAGCUGGUGAUGGUAGCGACAUCUUCGCUCACCACCAGCCUGCGGAACCGCUAAAGCGGCGUGCCAGCGAUCCGUUCUACGACGCGUCACAGUCUAACGGCUCCCACGAAGAUUACCCCCCGCAAGCCAAGAGGGCGCCCUCGAGCAUGCUCCUCAAUCCCUCCCCAUUUCUGUGCCCCCUGCCGAGCAACGCCAGCCUGUUCGACUACGGUCACCCGUACCCACCGUACCAUGGCGGCCCCGCCGAGCCUGGCUUCGAAAGGAGAGAUGGCGGUAUAUCCGUGCGAGAUGUAUCCUCGAUGAACGCGUCACUGCCAGAGCCACGAGGGGCCGGCUCCGUAAAGAGCGACGACGAGUGGCGCAACAUAAACACAAUGCUCAACUGCAUACUCAGCAUGGUCGAGAAGACGAAGCGGGCGCUCGCCAUUCUGCAGCAGAGGGGUGUGGAAACAACGGAGAGCAACGAGAUCAAAAGAGCCGCGAAUGAGAUAAUGGUGACGGCUGUCAGACAAACAGAAGAGAGAGUGGCUGAAGUGAGGAGACGGGCAGAAGACGCGGUUAACCAGGUGAAGCGGCAGGCCCUGCUGGAGUUGCAACGGGCGGUGGGCGCUGCCGAGAGCAAGGCUCUCGAGCUGGUGGCAGGGGACAGGGCGGCGCCCGCGCCCUCCGAGCGGCGCCACACCCCUCCGCCCCACAGCCCCGCAGCCCCCCACCAUAAUUGCUGUUGGAACUGCGGCCGCAAAGCCCAGGAGACGUGCUCUGGGUGCAACGCGGCGCGCUACUGCGGCGCCUUCUGCCAGCACAAGGAUUGGGAGAACCACCACCAGGUCUGCAGCGGCCGGGAGCAGAAGCCAGCCGCGAUGCUACGAACAUCCCCACCAGCGACGCAGCCCACCCACGCGAAGACCCUCCCCCGCGCCGCCACCCCCAUCACCGCCGCCCAGAGCAACCCCACCGCCACGGACCGCCUCCCGAUAGCCACCCUCAAUUCCGAAAGGCUCCUGGCCAGUGGCCAGGAGAGGGGCGACAGAAUGGCCCUGGCCAGCCUGUCCACUCCCCAGGGGCUGAUCGGAGCCAUCGGGGGGAAGAAA